AUGAAGCUCUCGCUUUUGUCCACCUUCGCUGCUGUCAUCAUCGGUGCCCUCGCUCUCCCCCAGGGUCCUGGAGGAGGCGGGUCAGUCACUUGCCCCGGUGGACAGUCCACUUCGAACAGCCAGUGCUGCGUCUGGUUCGACGUUCUAGACGAUCUUCAGACCAACUUCUACCAAGGGUCCAAGUGUGAGAGCCCUGUUCGCAAGAUUCUUAGAAUUGUUUUCCAUGACGCGAUCGGAUUUUCGCCGGCGUUGACUGCUGCUGGUCAAUUCGGUGGUGGAGGAGCUGAUGGCUCCAUCAUUGCGCAUUCGAACAUCGAAUUGGCCUUCCCGGCUAAUGGCGGCCUCACCGACACCAUCGAAGCCCUCCGCGCGGUCGGUAUCAACCACGGUGUCUCUUUCGGCGAUCUCAUCCAAUUCGCCACUGCCGUCGGCAUGUCCAACUGCCCUGGCUCUCCCCGACUUGAGUUCUUGACGGGCAGGAGCAACAGUUCCCAACCCUCCCCUCCUUCGUUGAUCCCCGGUCCCGGAAACAUUGUCACUGCCAUCUUGGAUCGUAUGGGCGAUGCAGGCUUCAGCCCUGAUGAAGUCGUUGACUUGCUUGCUGCGCAUAGUUUGGCUUCUCAGGAGGGUUUGAACUCGGCUAUCUUCAGGUCUCCUUUGGACUCGACCCCUCAAGUUUUCGAUACCCAGUUCUACAUUGAGACCUUGCUCAAGGGUACCACUCAGCCUGGCCCUUCUCUCGGCUUUGCAGAGGAGCUCUCCCCCUUCCCUGGCGAAUUCCGCAUGAGGUCCGAUGCUCUAUUGGCUCGCGACUCCCGAACCGCCUGCCGAUGGCAAUCCAUGACCAGCAGCAAUGAAGUUAUGGGCCAGCGAUACCGCGCCGCCAUGGCCAAGAUGUCUGUUCUCGGCUUCGACAGGAACGCCCUCACCGAUUGCUCUGACGUUAUUCCUUCUGCUGUGUCCAACAACGCUGCUCCUGUUAUCCCUGGUGGCCUUACUGUCGAUGAUAUUGAGGUUUCGUGCCCGAGCGAGCCUUUCCCUGAAAUUGCUACCGCCUCAGGCCCUCUCCCCUCCCUCGCUCCUGCUCCUUGA